AUGGACCCUACAGAGGAGCAGCAGCCGAUAGUUCGUAUGCGUGGACGACCACUGAAUGAGUCAAACGGGAACGGGAACAUCAACGGAAAUGAGAUUCGCAAAUUGGACUCGCAGCUGGACCAUCUGAACGACUAUAUGUCAAAAAUGGAGGAACGGCUAAAGUUGCAUAAUGAGAAGCUGAUGGAAACGCUUCGGCACCAGAAGGAAGAACGUGAAAAACGUCGACGUAGUUUUCACGAGCGUAUGACACAGAACCAAGCGGAAGAUACAGCCUUCCAGCAGCAAAUGGCAUCGAUUCUGAAUCGUGUGGAUUCGGUACGUAAUCGACAAUCUAUCUACGAUAUUGUUAACAGUAUGGACAUUCCAAAAGUACACAAAGUUUGA